AUGACGGUCACCUACACGGCGCAAGUUGCCAAUGCGCGCUUCUGCGGGUUCUCCAAACUGCUCCUAGCCUGGAGGGGAAGCAUCUACAAGGUCUUAUGGAAGGAGUUCCUUGCUUUCUUCGCCAUGUACACUGCCAUCAGUGUCACUUACAGGUAUGAGAACUUGGCUACCAAGUUUACAUCAUUAUUUGAACUUUCCAUUAUUAUUUGAAGAUUUCAAUUUGUUUUAAUUGGUCCACAUUAUUAUGUAACGUUUUCAUUUUCAGAUUCUUCCUCUUUGAUGACCAGAAGAGGUAUUUUGAAAAAUUGGCAAUUUACUGCAACCACUAUGCCAGUCUCAUCCCCAUGUCUUUUGUGCUAGGUGGGCAAUAUUACCAAAUCAAUAACACAGAUUCUAUUCUAAUAUUCUUGUAUUCUAACAUUCUUAUAUUCUAUAAGAAAAUACUAAUACUCUAAAGAGAGUAAUAAACCACCAUUCAUUACAGAAACAUUUGCUGCUUUUUUCCAGGUUUUUACGUGACACUGGUGGUGAACCGCUGGUGGAAUCAGUACACCCGCAUCCCAUUACCUGACCGCCUGAUGUGCGUGCUCUCGGGCGGCCUGCAGGGCGUGGACGAGCGCGGGCGGCUGCUGCGACGCACCAUGAUGCGCUAUACAAGUCUGUCCGCGAUACUGAUUUUGCGCUCAGUCAGCACCGCAGUGUUCAAACGCUUCCCGACCAUGGACCACGUCGUGGAAGCAGGUAAAUGUGUCAUUCAGAUGCAGCUAAGAGUUUGCCUUUGAGGAGAAAUUGCACUUUGCAGAUUUUGCCUUCAAGGAAAAAUUGCACUUUGCAGAUUUUCAGAAUUCAAACCAUUAAGACACAGGAAAGUAGCCUACAGUGUACAACUGGAGACACCAUACCACUUGCAGUUUUGUCCCACAUCCUGUGACUUCCAAACACAUACCUAUAGUAUAUGCAGCGGUCUAGCAGAGGUGAGUCGGACUCACGCUCUGGUGAUGAGGUAGCACUGCCUGCGACUUUAAUCAGUGUCACCCUCAGCCCAAGAGGGAAUUUCCUCUUGGCCUAAUUAAGACGUUGGGUUUCAAAGCAGGACAUCGGGGUUCAGACCCCACCUGUGACAGAUACACUCCCCUCUCCUCAGGGUUCAUGACCAGGGAGGAGCGGAAGAAGUUUGAGAGCCUCAAAUCCCCCUAUAACAAGUACUGGAUGCCCUGUGUGUGGUUCACUAACCUGGCCGCCCUGGCCCGCAGUGAGGGCAGGAUUAAGGACGACAGCACCCUCAAACUAGUGCUGGAGGUAGUCUAUAAUGCAACACACAUAAUACAACAUAGUUAUAAACCACAUAUGUCAAUAUUAUGACAUGAAUAAGCUAUACCCGACUUACAUACUGACUGAACCUUAAACAAAAACAAUACAUUCAACAAAAACAAUAACUUAAACAUGUGUGUUUGUCUGUUUAUGUCGGCAGGAGCUCAAUCAUUUCAGAGGGAACUGCAGUAUGCUUUUCCAUUACGACAUGAUCAGUGUUCCCCUGGUCUACACUCAGGUUUGUGUGUGUGUGUGUGUGUGUGUGUCUGUGUUUGCAUGCAGGUGCUUGUGUCUCUUCAAUCUUUGUAGAAUUGUCUCAGUCGGCAUCACUCAUUCUGUGUCCUAUGUUCUCGUCUCCACCGUCCCUGUAGGUGGUGACUCUGGCCGUGUACAGUUUCUUCUUCGUGUGUCUGAUAGGACGUCAGUUCCUGGACCCCACUCAAGGUUACCUGGGUCAUGACCUGGACCUGUACGUCCCCAUCUUCACUCUGCUACAGUUCUUCUUCUACGCUGGCUGGCUCAAGGUCAGUGGGAAUUCAUGGUUGUGUUCUCUAGGUACCAAAUGAAAGAAAUCCAGACUGAAACAGGGAAGGGCUACAAAAACAAACAAUUGUUAUUUAUUUUGCAAAACAUUUACUUUGCGUGCCCCAAUGAACAUGACCGAUUUGUUAUGUUUUUCAGGUAGCAGAGCAGUUGAUAAACCCAUUUGGAGAGGACGAUGAUGACUUUGAGACCAACUGGCUGAUAGACAGGAACUUCCAGGUUUAUAUUGAAUCACACAUGUAUUGCUAUCCUUCUCACAACCCCCCAUUGUUAUCUUAGAUGUAGUAUAUGCAUGCAUGUGUAGUGGGGUAAUAUUUUAUAUACAGUGCAUUCAGAAAGUAUUCAGACCCCUUGACCUUUUCCAAAUGUUGUUAUGUUACAGCCUUAUUCUAAAAUUGAUAAUUUUUUUAUUCCCCUCAUCAAUCUACACACAAUACCCCAUAAUGACAAAGUGAAAACAGGUUUUUAGAAUUUUUUGCAAAUGUAUUACAAAUAAAAAACAGAAAUACCUUAUUUACCUAAAUAUUCAGACCCUUUGCUAUGAGACUCGAAACUGAGCUCAGGUGCAUCCUGUUUCCAUUGAUCAUCCUUGAGAUGUUUCUACAACUUGAUUGGAGUCCACCUGUGGUAAAUUCAAUUGAUUGGACAUGAUUUGGAAAGGCACACCUGUCUUUAUAAGAUCCCACAGUUGACAGUGCAUGUCAGAGCAAAAACCAAGCCAUGAGGUUGAAGGAAUUGUCUGUAGAGCUCCGAGACAGGAUUGUGUCGAGGCACAGAUCUGGGGAAGGGUACCAAAAGAUUUCUGCAACAUUGAAGGUCCCUAAGAACACAGUGGCCUCCAUCAUUCUUAAAUGGAAGAGGUUUGGAACCACCAAGACUCUUCCUAGAGCUGGCUGCCCGGCCAAACUGAGCAAUCGGGGGAGAAGGGCCUUGGUCAGGGAGGUGACCAAGAACCCGAUGUUCACUCUGACAGAGCUCCAGAGUUCCUCUGUGGAGAUGGGAGAACCUUCCAAAAGGACAACCAUCUCUGCAGCACUCCACCAAUCAGGCCUUUAUAGUAGAGUUGCCAGACGGAAGCCACUCCUCAGUAAAAGGCACAUGACAGCCCGCUUGGAGUUUGCCAAAGGCACUUAAAGUACUCUAAGACCAUGAGAAACAAGAUUCUCUGGUCUGAUGAAACCAAGAUUGAACUCUUUGGCCUGAAUGCCAAACGUCACGCCUGGAGGAAACCUGGCACAGUCCCUACGGUGAAGCAUGGUGGUGGCAGCAUCAUGCUGUGGGGAUGUUUUCCAGCGGCAGGGACUGUGAGACUAGUCAGGAUCGAGGGAAAGAUGAACGGAGCAAAGUACAGAGAGAUCCUUGAUGAAAACCUGCUCCAGAGCACUCAAGACCUCAGACUGGGGCGAAGGUUCACCUUCCAACACGACAAUGACCCUAAGCACACAGCCAAACAACGCAGGAGUGGCUUCGGGACAAGUCUCUGAAUGUCCUUGAUUGGCCCAGCCAGAGGCCGAUCGAACAUCUCUGGAGAGACCUGAAAAUAGCUGUGCAGCGAUGCUCCCCAUCCAACAUGACAAAGCUUGAGAGGAUCUGCAGAGAAGAAUGGGAGAAACGCCCCAAAUCCAACCUUGUAGCGUCAUACCCAAGAAGUCUCGAGGCUGUAAUUGCUGCCAAAGGUUCUUCAACAAAGUACUGAGUAAAGGGUCUGAAUACUUAUGUAAAUGUAAUAUUUCAGUUUUUAUAAAUUUGAGAAAAAACCAGUUUUUGCUUUGCCUUUAUGUGAUAUUGUGUCUAGAUUGAUGAGGGGGGGGGGGGGGACAAUUUAAUCAAUUUUAGAAUAAGGCUGUAACGUAAAACAAAAUGUAGAAAAAGUGAAGGGGUAUGAAUACUUUCCGAAUGCACUGUAUAUGAUAUUAUAAAUACAUCACAUGCGACCCGUAAUAAGACUAAGCAAUUAGCCCAUUAAAAUAAUUAAAUGACUCCAUAGUAUAAAUAGCAAUAUGCAAGAAUAUGGUUAAAUCAUGUCCAAUCAAGUAUUAUUCGUUUAGCUGACUAAGAUCAAGGAAUGGCCAUGAAAAGCCAAUAUCAAAGCAAGUAUGAUUUAAUAACUUUGUAAAAUGAAUGGAUUCACAUACAAGGCAUAAAGCUUAAGUUACAAGGCAAUACUGACAUUAACAAAGCAUUAGUCUAGGUACAGUAUAUAGAUCCAGUGGUGGAAAAAGUACUCAAUUAUCAUGCUUGAGUAAAAGUAAAGAUACCGUCAUAGAAAAUGACUCAAGUAAAAGUGAAAGUCACCCAGUAAAAUAAUACUUGAGUAAAAGUCUAAAAAUAUUUGGUUUUAAAUAUACGUAAGUAUCAAAAGUAAAUGUAAUUGCUAAAAUAUACUUAAGUAUUAAAAGUAAAAGUACUCCCCAAAACUACCUAAGUAGUACUUUAAAAUACUUUUUACUUAAGUACUUUACACCACUAAGGUUAACUUACAAACAAAGCAUGAACAAAACCUAGGAAAUGAGAAUUGAUCAUACAACCUUCCUCCAUGGACUGGAUACAGGAUAAGACCGAGAACAACCUUGAUUCCAUUUAUAACAUCUGAAGUUUUAACCUUUCAACCCAAAACCAACCACCAUUGACCAAUCAAACGAUGCCAAGUUUACAGUAACUUGACCACCCCCAGGCCCAAUCUCCACAGGGUGUCACAGCAUUUAAAGGCAUGUUGUGUGGCGGAUGAGACCAAUGUAAAUAAGACCCAUUCCUCAGAGGACCGUAAAACCCAUUUGCAUAGAGUAAUUUAGAGUUCACCCUGUACAGAUACAAGUUACCACAGAGAUCACACUCUGAACAAAAAUAUAAACGCAACAUGCAACAAUUUCAAAGAUUUUAUUGAGUUACAGUUCAUAUAAGGAAAUCCGUCAAUUGAAAUAAAUUCAUUAGGCCCUAAUCUAUGGAUUUCACAUGACUGGGAAUACAGAUAUACAUCUGUUGGUCACAGAUACCUUUAAAAGGUAGGGAUGUGGAUCAGAAAACCAGUCAGUAUCUGGUGUGACCACCAGCGACACAUCUCCUUCGCAUAGAGUUGAUGAGGCUGUUGAUUGUGGCCUGUGGAAUGUUGUCCCACUCCUCUUCAAUGGCUAUGCAACGUUGCUGGGUAUUGGCGGGACCUGGAACAUGCUGUCGUACAUGUCGAUCCAGAGCAUCCCAAACAUUCUCAAUGGAUGACAUGUCUGGUGAGUAUGCAGGCCAUGGAAGAACUGGGACAUUUUCAGCUUCCAGGAAUUGUGUACAGAUCCUUGCGACAUGGGGCCAUGCAUUAUCAUGCUGAAACAUAGGUGAUGGCAACGGAUGAAUGGCACGACAAUGGGCCUCAGGAUCUCAUCACGUUAUCUCUGUGCUUUCAAAUUGCCUUCAAUAAAAUGCAAUUGUGUUCGUUGUCUGUAGCUUAUGCCAUAACCCCACUGCCACCAUUGGGGCACUCUGUUCACAACGUUUACAUCAGCAAACCGCUCGCCCAUAUGACACCAUACACACUGUCUGCCAUCUGCCCGGGUACAGAUGAAACCGGGAUUCAUCCGUGAAGCGCACACUUCUCCAGCGUGCCAGUGGCCGUCAAAGGUGAGCAUUUGCCCACUGCAGUCAGGUCAAGACCCUGGUGAGGAAGACAAGCACGCAGAUGAGCUUCCCUGAGAUGGUUUCUGGCAGUUUGUGCAGAAAUUCUUCGGUUGUGCAAACCAGUGGAGGCUGCUGAGGGGAGGACGGUUCAUAAUAAUAGCUGGAACGGAGCGAAUAGAAUGGCAUCAAACACAUGUAAACCACGUGUUAGAUGUAUUUGAUACCAUUCCACUUAUUCUGCUCCAGCCAUUACCACGAGCCCGUCCUCCCCAAUUAAGCUGCCACCAAACUCCUGUGAUGCAAACCCACAGUUUCAUCAGCUAUCCGGGUGACUGGUCUCAGACAAUCCCACAGGUGAAGAGGCCGGAUGUGGAGGUCCUGGGCUGGCGUGGUUACACGUGGUAAUGCCAAAUUCUCUAAAAUAACUUUGGAGGCGGCUUAUGGUAGAGAAAUUAACAUUACAUUCUCUGGGAACAGCUCUGGUGGACAUUCCUGCAGUCAGCAUGCCAAUUGCAUCUCCCUUAAAACUUGAGACAUCUGUGGCAUUAUGUUGUGUGACAAAACUGCACAUAUUAGAGUGGCUUUUUAUUGUCCCCAGCACAAGGUGCACCAGUGUAAUGAUCAUGCUGUUUGAUCAGCUUCUUGAUACAGGAUGCAAACUAAUUUGUGUACAACAUUUGAGAGAAAUAAGCUUUUGUGCAUAUGGAACAUUUUUGGGAUCUUUUAUUUCAGCUCAUGAAACAUGGGACCAAACAUGUUGCGUUUACAUUUUUGUUCAAUAUACAUACAUAUAGAUAGCUUCAGAGUCCUCUUUAGGGGACAAGUUUAAGAUAGAUACCAGACAUGGAUUCUAUAGCAUUAUUUUAUCACACAUUCAAUAGUCAGUCCUCUGGAUACUGUAACAGAGAGAUACAUUUUUGCCCUUCAGAGGGGAAGGGCUGACUAGUCCUUUGUGCUUUCCUUGUGUUACUUUCCAUUUGCCAUGCAGCUCCAGGUGACAGAAAGCACAUCAAUUAGGGCCGAGCCUACAUGUGUACAUGAGUGGGAUAAGUACUUUUGAAACAUUCAAAGUGAGAGAAAAAAUGGUGGGGUGAAAGGAAACUUAAACAGAAGAGUUUCUUGGAACUUCCCUCAUCUGAAACUGAAGAGGAAGUGUUUGUGUGUGUUUCCUCAGGUCUCCAUGAUGGCAGUUGAUGAGAUGUAUGGGGAUCUUCCCAUCAUGGAAAGAGACCGAUAUUGGAACGACUCUAACCCUCGUCCUCCCUACACUGCCGCAACUCUAUUCGGGCUGCGCAAACCCUCCUUCCAGGGCUCCACCUUCGACAUGGCGUGAGUGUCUAUUUUAUUUAAUUCUAUUUUGGGGGCAGGUGCAAUACAUUUCUACAAUACACCUCAAAUAUGUGUUCACCUUGUUGCAAGUAAGUAAAUAUUCCGUAUGUAUGUUUUACAAGUCCAAAGAUGAUUCGUUUUAUCUUUGUAACCUUUCUAACACUACUGUAUGCCCUUAAUGGAAUUAGUAAAGUUGUAGUGAUUUGAAUUGAAUUUGUUGUAGUGAUUUGAAUUGAGUCUGUCCCCUCCAGGAUCCCCAAAGAGGAGAUGCACUUUGCGCCCCUGGCGGAUAUCACUGAGAACGUGGAGUCUGAGGGUGGGGGUCGACACCCCAACAUGGCCCUGUUCAACCGGCUCCUCUUCACUGCCCCGUCCCCCACGGGGCUCAUGGGAGGGGCGCUGCGCCGCACCUCCGCCCAGCUCCAGAGGUUCCGCCGCCCCUCCGGGAUGUACCCGCCCUCGUUCAGUGAUGAAGAGGGUGAGGACGAGGAUGAUGAAAGUGGGAAGACUUUGGGGCCGUCUGGGGGGUCGCUGCCGUCUGUUUUGGGUCAGGAUACUCAGAGUACCAUAUGUAGUUGUGGAGGGGUGGUUAAUGCUAGGACCCCCCUCAUGGAGGUACAGUUUGGGGUUGGGGUGGAGAGAUGUGGGGACGCUCUCCAAAGCCAGGAAGAGAUUAUGGAAGAAGAGGACGAAGAAGAAGAGGAUGAGGGGAACGCCCAGAAGGGGGCAGAGAAAGAGAAGCUGGAGGAAGGGAACACUGAGGUGACAGGAGAUAUUCAAAGCCCCAUGCCACUGCUCCCAUCACCCCUCCAACCUUCCAGAGACCCAGGCCAAACGUCCACCAGACAACCCCAGGAUAAGACACCCAGACCAGCCUCGAAAACCCCCUCCAGCCCCCUAGCCCCCAGCAUCAUCCACCCCCGUCCCACAGCCUGGUCCACCCGAGACCUCUUCAUCGCCGAACCAAUCACAGAGCAGAACACAGUGAUCCCCGCCAUUCCCAAGCCGCCCAUUGGUGGAGCCAAGAUGUCCUUCCUCACCGUGCCAUCCUACAGCGCCCCACAGCGUCAUAGGAGUGUCAGCAUGGGGUCAGAGUCCCCAUCAGCUCCGAAACUACAAGUUACACCCUGUUCUAGCCAAAAUUAGUGCACUACUUAGGGAAUAGGAUGCCAUUUCAGAUUCAGACUAUGAGUAAGGGAGAACAUGCACACUUCUGUCCAAAUGGGACCAACACACCACACUGAAGAGCUAGGUCAUAUGUCACUGUACUAUGUUCAUGAAAAAGCACUGGGCCCAGAUUCACAAAACACUUCUUACUCAAAAACUUAAGUAGCUUCUUAAGAAAAAAAAAAAGAAGUUCAUAAGAUAGUUUGUAAGUGCAAUUCCUCAACAAUAUCUUAAGAUUUCUUCUUACAAAUCUUCUUAAGAUGUUUGUUGCUAGGCAACAGUUUUAGCUAGCUAUUUAGCUAGCAAUGGCAAUCAUGUUAGCAUAUUUCUUACUGAUAUUACUGUUCUAAAAUAUGUUCUUGGGUUUAAAAUAAUCAAUACUGAAAUGUUCAGAUUGUGAGUGAAUUAAAAAUGUUUCAAUUGCUUUCAUUAGCUUUUUCUCUCACUGCCCUGGGUUUAAGGCAAGGGUUUAGCUGUCUUGGAAUUAAGAACAUUUCCAAUAACUUUAUUUUCAAGAAUGAAAUUUCUUCUUAAUUUUUUGCUUAAGGAGAAACAUAAGAAAUAGCGCAAGAACAUUUCCAAUUACCUUUUUGAGGAAUAGCAACAUUGCUUAACUUUCUUCUUAAGUCUAUAGUUAAGGAAAAAAUGGCAGUUAAGAAGACAUUUCUUCUUUUGUGAAUCUGGGCCCUGGCCUAUAGAUCAUCUGCAUGAAGUUAAUUUUACUGAACAAUCCACCCAGAUGCUGCAAGGUUGAGCUGCAGCUCACACUGUGUUCACCAAUCUUACACUGUACAUUUACUUUAGAUGAAUGAUUUUUCACCUUGUUACACUGUUAUAAAUAAUAAUGAGGUAAAUAAAAAUACAUAUUUCUAGCCAUAGUUCCAUUUCUGUUGCAAUGCGACAAAAUGCCUGUGAUGACAGAAGAUAUUUAAGACAAUACGGUCAAAUUAAAUCUGAAGAAAAUGAGCGCUAUACUGUAAAUCACGUAAAUAUUUUAUUAGGAGCGCAAAAUGAAUUGGCAACACAUUGUGAAAAUUGUGAAAAUUCAUGGAUAAAAAUCUACCGAUUUGGAGACAGUCCACAGGAGAUAUGUAGCAGGCUUGCAGAAGAAAGGGGUACAGUUAUAGCAAUCUGAUGGCAAUCUGCCCAUAUUUUAGCUUCAAGGGGGCACACAUAAUUCAUCACCAGAUUACAGAGUGAUAGUCCUUUACUGUCCUAUUUCUUCCUUUUACUUUUAGAUUCAAACUGAGAUGGACAAAAAAACGAAAAUCAAUACCAGUUGGCCAGCAGGUGGCACACAUUAACAAAUUUUUUUUGUAACAUCCAAUAUGUAUUUUUUUACAUUCACAAAACUCCCAUCAACAUCCUCUUCCAACGUUCCUUGUCCACCCAGUGUCAAUCCCCACCAUCCUCCACAGAGAGACCUCUCCAGCCGUCCUCUCCCUCCUAUCUGGGCUGUAGCCUGGGAGAGAGCCCCAUGCCUCUCCUGCUCCUGGCCUGGGUGGACUGCCUCUGCUGGGCCAGGAAGGACUGGGCUUGGCCUGGAGGUCUGGAGGAGCCCUCAGACAGCCUCAGCUCCUGCUCCUGUUUCUGGAGAGCCACACACUGUGGAGGGGAUGCAUAA